AUGCGAGUUGCCGGCUCGCAUCUUUCAGCACCUGAACCGCCCCAGCGAUCCCGUGGCCUGUCUGCUCGUCUGCCGCCGCUUGUCGCAAGGCCGUCACCGGCUGGACCGCGUUCGAGCGCAUGCCACCGCGACUUCAGGCUGACUCUACCCGGGAGAGCCUCCGGCGGCAGAGAACAGCCAAGCCGCGGGACUGUAUCGUCGAUGAUGUGCAGUACCCAAAACAUAAACAUCUAUGCGGCGGACCUGGUCCGCCUCGUGGAGCAGAUGACUCCUCGGGUUCUGCUGCACAUGAGCAUCCUCCACGAGAUCGUCGACGAUAUGGUCAGGGAGUUUUCUGGCGAGGCGUGGUCCCUGAUCGUGUACGGAAAGAAGGCUCCUCGUUUGAACCUUCGCAUCUCGUUGGAUGAGGACCUGCGGUUUUCGCGUGUCUUUUAUCGACAAACAUAUUUGGCUUGGAUUCAUUCUCGGGAAACAGAGGUUGUUUAUGCCGCAAACUUGACAAAAAAGAGAUUGGAGCCUUGGGAAUGGGAGCAAUAG